CGCGCGCGUCUCUCCACUGGCUGCAGGCGAACGCGGAAGCGAUGCGCGAGUGGAGGGACGGCGGGCCGCCUGAACGCUUCGUGCGGAGUUAAAGAAGACGAAUUGCCGAGACAGGCGGUGCUUUGCUUAACGGUGCACUGAACUGGCGGUCAGAACUGGUGACCCCUGCUGGCCGGAAUGCAGACCCUACGGAAGCACAAAGUGGACCUCAUCGAGUGGCUGAGCGGAGACCCCCAGCUCGUCCUGCAGCAUGUCCAGUGCCAGGCGCUCGUCACGGACCGCGAGUACAGGCGACUGCGGAGCAUCCAGGACCCCGAGCGCAGGGUCAUUGACCUCCUGGACACCCUCCUCUCCAAAGGAGAUGCCCACUGCCAGCAGUUCAUCGCCCUCCUCCGGGGGCUGCAGGACACGUACCCCCAGCUGCAGGCCUGGUUUGGGCAGCUCGGCAUCACUGGGGCACCGGCUGCCCUGGGCUGUUCUCCGUGGGCCGCACCUCCAGACCACGAAGCCAAGGCCCGCCAGGCCGAUGCCAUGGUGUCAGAUAAGAAGCACUUCUUGCGCACGCAGCGGGAGGUGCUUAUCCAGGGCGUGAAGCAGGUGGCACAGCUGGCAGACCGGCUGCACGUGACGCUGCACCCGGAGGCGCUGGAGGAGGUGCUCUGUGAGAAGACCCCACAGAGUCAAAUGAGGAGGCUGCUGGACUUCGUCACCAGUGACUUGCUGGCCACAGAGGUCUUCCGGGCGCUUUGUGUCGUGGAGGCCAACCUCAUGUGGGAGAUACUGCAACUGUAGGGGGCGCCUUUCCCAAUAAAUGCCAUGUUCUUGCCCCCUAGUGGUUUAACACCUGUGUGCC